GCUCAAUUCAAUUACUGUAUCCUUCUGCCAAAGUUCACAAUGCCUAAAGAGCUUCGUAAAAGGGGGAAGAAGAAACUAAAGCAACAGGAUCAGGAUCACAGUGGGGAAACCCGUGGCCCUACGUCGUUCAGCGAAACCCAAGCAGAGCCUGGCCAAACGACCCAAGCAGAUCCUGAUGCACCCUUCGGCAUCGUAGAACCUAACCUCAAAUCGUACAUCUAUACCAUUGAGGCGCAAUUAAGAGAAUGGAAUAAUGGAGAAGCUACUUACGAAUAUUCGGAUACCAUGAGGCCCCUUGAAGAGCGUACGGCAUUCAUAACCUCAGUCCUCGCGGAAAUUUCUGGGAAGGAGCCCCAGUUAGCCACGGACCCUCGUUGUUCCGCUGUUCUCGAACGUCUCUGUUACUCUAUGGAUGACCUCGCACGUCGGACCUUCAUGGAACGGCUCGCUGAUUCCUGGGUGCAACUUUCCAAGCACCGAUUUGCAUCUCAUGUGUGUCAAACUGCUCUUGAAUUAGCUUGUCACACCGUCAGCCGUGAGCAUAGUGGUAAAUUUGCAAUGUUUGCGUUCUCGGAGCAGAAAAGCAUGACGGACAUCAUCCUUGACGCGGCCAAGGAAUUGAUAGAUCCCCUUUGUGAACUCAUGAUGGACCAGUUUGCCUCACAUGUCAUUCGCGCUAUGUUAAAAGUAUUGGAUCCGUCGUCGUGCGUUGGGGGUGAUGCCAAGUCAAGCCACAAUUCAUACAGUCGAUCAAAGAAAAGCGAGGCGUUUAGACAGCGUCAGGGAUCAAUGAUGUCAGUCUUUCAUCGUCGGGAGGAGACAUCGUCGCCGUAUCAGGUGCCAAAUUCGUUUGGUGAAAUGGCAGGGAGAUACGGGGAGACGCUUCGCCAGAGUUUAGGGAAUAACGAAGUCCGUGCCAUGGUGAUAAAUCCUGUUGCGAGCCCAAUUCUGCAGAUGCUUUUAGCUAUCGAGUCAAAACGUGGAGAAUCCGAAGUUCCUGGCUCCCUCAUGGACCGUGUUCUCGUGGGGAUGGUCACUCGACUACUCAACCAGGACCGUACCAUAAUUCGGGAAGACUAUAUAGAAGCCUUACUCAAGGAUGCCACUUCCUCGCAUCUGAUGGAAGUCCUAGUCGAGAUCUCACCCCCACAAAUCUUCCAUCAGAUUUGGGCGACGUACUUUGUUGGUCGUCUUGGACAAUACAUUACUCAUCCUAUUGUCAACUUCGUCGUUGCAAAGGCGGUCUCUCGCAUCGACAACGAGGAUCACCUGCGCGGUCUACUAGCAGAAGCCAAAGGCGGCUGGGCAAGGUCUAUAUCUUUAGGCCGCAUUGGUACAAUCCGAGCGCUCGUAGAGAGAUCCACCAGUCUCGGUGUAUUGGAAGAAAAAAUCAUCGAGACGAUCAUUUCAUCCUUCGGCAUCACGAAGGAGGAUGAUCAGCAAUUCAUCAUACCUUGCAUUUUGCACCUGAAGACCCUGGAGGCAUAUCAUGCAAGCCAAGCUUCCCAAAACCAACCAGAAAAUGAGCCCUCUGGUUUGGAACAGCCUCCGCAGCGUAAGGAGGGAAGGCCCAAUGACUCGAAGUUCUCCACUCAAGGUGCACUCCUGCUUCAGUCCAUGCUCCGUGUACACGCUCCUUUUAAUGCUAGUGUCUUGGAAAGCUUACGGAUGCAGUCUGCCGAUGUGAUAAUAGAAAUAGCACACGACCCAACAGGAUCUCGAGUGCUGGACGUCGUGCUGGAGGCACCGAGAGUCCCAUACCCCGCCAGAAGAAAUUUCAUAAUGAGUCUCCUGGGCAAAUACCAUAUACUCAUUGAUGAUAGACUUGGUAGUCGGGUUGCCGAUAGAUGCUGGGACGCAUCCGAUGCACGUCUCAAGAGAAAAAUCGCGGAGUCUCUCAUUCCUCAUGAAUACUUCCUUGCACAGUCGAUCUAUGGGAGACACUUUGCUAAAAAGAUCCGCAUUACCCUAUUCCAACGGAACAAAUCGUUAUGGGUUUCUCAACAGAGUUUGGGUCCACCUAGAGGGACUUCCCAACAAUUGUUUACAGACGAGUCUACUGCCCAAGACCACAGAGAAGACCAACAAGAAGUUGGACUCGGCUCACCGAAGAAGCGGAAGCGCAUGGACGAAAUAGACGAAAUCUUUUCGACAGUGAAAAGGCAACCGAAAAAUGGCUCAUAGGUGCAAACCAAGGAGGAGGGGCUGUUCUGAUGAAGUGAUCACCAAACCCAGGGUUCUUCCAGGAAAAUCAGGCAGCCAAAUGACGUUUCUUGUUUCUGUCUUACACUGUAAUCCAAUCACUGUUCCUGUUCUCGAUUCUUUGCUUGUCCACGAUGCCAGCCAUGCAUGGCGCCAUCAAUUUACUUUUUUGGAAGAUCUUUUCGGCCUUCGG